GGCGCGCCCGCCCCACGUCCAGUCCGCCGCACGACCCGAUGGUUCAGUCCUGGUGACAUUGCAGUGCAGUGCGAACGGUGGUGUGCUUCCAUGUAGGGGAGACAGUGGUGUGUUGGUUCUCUUGUCAUGUGGGGAGUGCGAUGGCCUUAGGCACCAUGACCCGCCGUCCGCUGCUUCUGCUCGCCCUGCUGGCAGCCGCGCUAGCCAACCAGCUCGAGGAUAUCCCCCACAAUGAAGUCAAAAAUUGGGCGCUAAAGUUCGGCGUCGACCUCUGGGAGUUCGGGCGGCACUUCACAAAAAUGAAUCAAAUACAAAACAAAUACCAUGAAUACAACGUGGAAGUGGUUCGCAAAGACGGGCUGCUACUUGUCCGCGAACUGGCCGCCGAAGUCAAAAACCAUAUGGAUUUCAAGAUCAACGCUGUUAUGCGCAUAAUGGACUCAGCUGAAGCGGCGGCACUAUCAGCCGGCCGCAGCAGUAUAGACGGGUCCCCGGGCUCCUACUACGACGCGCGAUGGCUGAACGUUCAUGCCGACGAUGGCACGCUGGCUGCAAGAGCGCGUCGCCUUCUACUGUCACCGAGCAGGCAUUUCGACCACAUCGCCGUUAACACGAGCUACAGUGCGGUGCUCAUGCCCCCAAGAAUUAACCCUGAAGACGGUGAGGUUCAAAAUCAGAUCGGAUGGUCGGAACACUUGGAUCCCUUGUUUGUGAACAACUACGAAAUCGAUCCAACCCUGUCGUGGCAGUACUACGCCUCGUCCACUGGCUUCAUGAGGCGAUAUCCUGCUAUGUCCUGGCCUCCUGAAGACGGCUACUCUCACCACGCAAGAGACUUCUACGACUUUCGGUCGUCGAACUGGUUCGUCGAAGCUGCCACGUCACCCAAAGACCUCGUGAUACUUUUAGACGACUCAGACGAACUCAGCUCGUCGAACCGCCACCUCGGCAAGUCCACCGUCUCCGCAUUGCUCGACACUCUUGGCCCAAACGACUUUGUCAACGUGUACCGAUACAGCGAUUCAGUGUCAGAACUCCAUCCGUGUUAUACGAAGAUUUUAGCCCAGGCCGUACCCGAAACAAUACGAGAGCUGAAAAGCGCUGUGUGGGCCGCUGAAGCUACCGGCGGUGCGGCCAAUUUAACCGGCGCUCUCACCUCGGCCUUUGAGAUUCUCUACCGGUACAACCGGACGGGCCUGGGUUGUCAAUGCAAUCAAGCGAUAGCUGUAAUUGGGGCCGGAGGAGGCGCGGGAGGCGUUACAGCGGUGUUCCGCGCGUGGAACUGGCCGCAUAUGCCUGUGCGCAUAUUUACCUACCGGGUAGGGGGAGAUGCGGCCGCAGGCAAAACUAUGAAGGAAAUGGCAUGUAAUAAUAAAGGCUUUCACGUGACGAUAAACGACCAUGACGAGGUUCGCCACAAAGUGCUGCAUUUCGUGGAAGUGCUAGCACGUCCUAUGGUCAUGUACCAGACAUUACACCCGGUCCACUGGAGCCCUGUGUACAUCGGGGGAAGGAGUAGUACUCUCGAUGAUGAUGGAAUGGGCCAGUUGAUGACGUCAGUAACAGUUCCUAUUUUCGACAGAAGAAACCACACGCAAAGAGAAGCUAACUUGCUUGGCGUAGUUGGUACGGAUGUUCCUGUCGAUCAAAUAAAGAAGCUCGUGCCACCUUACAAGUUGGGGGUGAAUGGUUAUUCAUUUAUGCUGGAUAACAACGGGCAUGUUUUAUAUCAUCCUGAUUUGAGACCUUUGCAUACAAAUGAGGAGUAUACAGAGACAUUAAGGCCUCUUUACUCCAGUGUUGAUGUCACAGAUGUAGAACUCCUCGUGGAUUAUGACGAAAAUGCAAGAGUCAACCUUACUUCAUUACUUUUCGAAUUACGUCACGACAUGAUAGAGCAGCGAGAAGGCGAGACAGAGAUGGGGGUUAAAGUGCAAUAUGAGGGAAUGAGACGGGUAGCGACUCGACGACAGAGAUAUUUCUAUAGUCCUGUCGACGGCACGCCAUAUUCACUGGCUGCUGUGUUACCAGACGGUUAUGGCAUGUAUGAAUUGCAAGCCGAACAGGAAAUCAAACAUAGCCCUAUCAAUGUCACAGAAUAUUUUAAAGGAGAAAACUGGAAAGUUCAUCCAGACUGGGUGUACUGCGAAUACGCGUCAACGUCGGAGCAAUCGUUCAACUCGCCGGAGGAGCAGCUGGUCCACUUCCUGACGCGCGCCGGCCGCCCCGGCUGGAAGUGGAUGUCGCUGCGCCCGCGCGCGCUCACGCUGCACAACGCGCACAAGAAACAAGACCGCGACUCCUACUAUUGUGACAAAACAUUAGUUCAGUCGCUGGUCCGUGAUGCAAUGGUAAUAAAAGAAUUGGACGCUCACACUGGACACGCUAGCCAUCACAAUCACCCGAUAGCAACAUUAAUGGCACUUCUAACAAGGCAAGGGCGAUUCCACAAGUUCGUGGUGACUCUGUCAUUCAUCGCAACUAGAAGUGGACUUCUCAAAUGGACUGAAAACAUCAACAGCUCAAGGGCGGCUGACUCUUCUGAACCACACUUCAGCGAGAAACACGCACGCGCCUUCGAUUCGGAGUGGUACCGCCGUGCAGUGGAACAUCAUUCGAUUGAACCGGAAAGCUUUGUCUUUUCUGUACCCUUCCGUGAUGGAAGUGAAGCAGAAGACUUUAGUGGGAAGACUCCACUGGUCCUAGCAACCCAUGCGGUGUUCGUCGAAUCCAGGGGACAUCGAGCUCCUGCUGCAGUAGUAGGGUUGCAUUUCCAACUGGAUUCUCUCGCUAAACAUUUCUUGAAUGUCACAUCAACGUGCACAGCUGGCAGUAUUUGUAAGAAAACGUGCGCAGGCGAUGAGUUAGACUGCUAUAUUUUGGACGACAACGGUUUCAUAAUCCUAUCGGAAGAUGCUUCACAAACUGGCCGAUUCUUUGGGCAGGUCGAUGGAACAAUCAUGGAUUCACUUGUUCAAGAUAGAAUAUACAAAAAGGUCACCGUGCACGAUCAUCAAGGACGGUGUCCGGACUCAAGGAAUCCAUUUAGCGGAAAUUCAAACAGGUUGUCGCCUAUGAAGCCAUUGUCUUGGCUUGGAGGAUACGUCGCCAACUUAUUAGCUGUGUGGUUUCCUUUGUGGGAAACUGCAUACGGACGACCUCGUCCACACCCUGAAGAAGAGAUUGAUUACGAGGACUACGAAAACGAGGAAGAUAACGAAGAUGAAUUGGAUCGGGACCGUGGCACCUACGAAAUCAUCAUCGACGGUUUAGGCGCCGCAGACCGGCACGAAGUCCCCGUUGCAAGCCCCGGACCUCCGCGGGAGCUCCCGCGAGAGGCCGCGCGCUCCGCCGCCGUGCGGCCUUGCGAUACCAGCGCAGAAUUAUUCACCCUACAGUCCACGAGGCUCAAUGCUGCCCAACCACUGAAGGGAAAACUCACUAAUUGCCACAAUUCUGGGUGUGAGAGGCCAUUCAGCGUCCAGAAGAUCCCGCACAGCAAUCUAAUUCUACUAGUAGUGGACACCCUGUGCCCGUGCGGCGCCAAGCGGCUGGACGUGCGAGCGCGCGAGGCGGGCGCGCGCGCCGCGUGCCGCCGCCCGCCGCGCGCGCUGCCCAGGCGGCGCCCGCCCUCCUGCGUCUCAUACCAUCCCGAAGAAAUCGAGAUUCAAUCGUGCGGCCGCGGCGCCCGCGCUCGGCCUCUGUUCGCGGUGCUUGCUACACUCGCUCUGCGGCUCCUGUUAACUCUAACAACGUGACUGUCCAAAACCCGCUACACAUUCUAAACCCAUACCUGCCCGCAGGUUCCCCGACCGUAUGAAGCUUUCUACCAUAUCAAGUUCCAUAUCACAGAAAAUAAUUUUUAAUUCCAAACGCCGUUAUAUAAAUUUUAAAAAAAACUAAAAUUUAAAAUUUUAAACGGAAAGCUUCGCGGGUCACCGCACCGCAGUGUUCGAGCGAUGUUUUUGUGUGAAAAGACUAUUCGUGUGAACUUUUUUAUGCAAGUUGUGCUGGAAGGCUCGUAUUCGUAUUGGCUGGCCGAGCUGGGGUAUUCUUACUAUAGUAUAAUAUUAUACUUAUUGUUAUUACCGCAAACUAUACCGCGAUGACACAGCAUUUGUACUCUGAGUGUAAGUAUGACUGUCAGUAAAUCCUGCAGAAAUGAUCUCCUAGAUGCAAAGGGAGUGCCUGCUAUGUUGCAAUUUUUUAAAUAUUGGCAUGUAACAUAAUCUAUUAAGAUCUAAGUUAUGAAGAGAUAUGAUAAGAUAUUCUAAGAAGAUUCAUAGUAAGUAUGUUCAAUAAAGAACUCGCACUCAGAGUACAGUACACUUGACUGAAUAUGGAAAAUGAUAAAACUCUUCGUUUUAUAGCAGUGGUGUUUGGACGUUGAUAAACUUAAUAAUACGUUUUAUAAUGAGUAAGGUUUUAUAUCGGAGUAAUUUGUUGUGAUUGUGUUUGUAUCAAGUGUAGAAGUAGCGUGUCAAAGCGGAUCGAGAAUGCCUCAGAAGAAUAGGCCUUACUUGGCCCAUUUUUGUGGUGUAUGCGAGAUAUUUAAAGUUUUGAUCAAUUUUACCGACUGAAGUAUUGGUCCGACCAAGUGAACUUUUGAUCUUGUUUUGAGACAGGAUUAUCGAUUCGAACUAGGCUAAGAUAAUGUUUAAAAUAUUUUCUCCUCUCUGUUAAGUUGACAGUCUCAUAAUGUAACUGUGACGAGGUCGCAAUCGGUAAAUAGGUAGGUAACUAAUAUCUUGUUAAAUUUAAUUGAGGAUUAUUACAAACUCGGAGAUCUUAUAAAUUAUAGCUAAUGUUAAUAGAUAUUUUAAAGAUAAUAUUUGUAAUAUAUAAUGAUAUCGUUUAAAACUGUUUUAGAAAAAUUUACCUAUGUUGAUCCUAACACGAUUUAUUUCUCGAUAUCUAUCUGUUCAGCAUAUUGAUUGCAAACAUAUUGACUAGUUGCAUAGACUAAUUCUUUAUUUAAUGUAAAUAAGAGAGGUUUGGUUCGUAGGCUUUAUGUUGCUAUAUUUACGUGUGCCUGUGUAUAAUUAUUAUUAGAUUAAUAUUAACGAGUCGACGAGUAAGCAUCGUAGAGUUGAUACUGAGAUAAUAAAAGCUGUUUGGAUCAGAGCAUAAUACGUGAAAAUGACUACAUUCCUAUCGACCGCCUUGAAAUUUCUUAUUUUUACAUGGGAUAUAUUUGAUGUAUUUUUAACAUACCUAUACCUAAGUUCGUCCCUUAAAACGAUAGUGUAUUUAUGUUUUAAAUAAUGUAGAGUUAAGAUACAUUUUAAAUUCACACAUUCCUAAAACGCAUCAUUUCAACUAUCUUGUUUAGUUUUCCAGAAAUCCACAUUUCCUCCUUUUUGAUGAGAGCAUACACUAUGAUUAGUUGUAAAUUAGAUAUUUUAAAUUAUGCAAUACAGGGUUGAACUAGAAAUGGCGCCAUAUGACUCUCAGAUUAACAAACUUAUCUUAGAAUAUAUCUAUGUGAGGAGGUAAAGUUUCUCUCGGUGUCCUCUCUGGCGACUCCCGUGCAUCUAAUCGUUAGCAAUUCUCUCGCCUAAUCUUCGAAUAAUGUUGUAAGUAUUUGACAUGUUGUAAACAAUUCUCGUUUUAAUGUAAAUAUUUAAUAUGAGGGC